AUGGGGGACGCCUCAAUAGGUAGUCGACCCAGUUCCAGCGCUGUUAAGAACAAGGAUGCUGACAAGAAACGAGCAGCUCUGUGGAAGAAGCAAGUCAAGUGUUUUAAGCUCAAAGAUGUCGGCAAGAAGGUGGACGCAGUGCGUUUCUGCGCUCAAGAUGAACGAUUCUUUCGUGAGCAGACGGACGUGCUACCGUUGCUUAUGGGGUUCCUCUCCAGGACUAAAACCCCGGAACUUGUCAUAGAAACGCUGACUGUGAUGCACACACUGCUGUCAUCUCCAACUACUGAGACCGCUGAUCCUGAUUCUGAGGUUAUUCAUCCUGACAUCAACGCGGAAUUUAUGCUUGAGCGUAGUAUUAGCGCCGAGUCGGUGUGGAAAGCUGGCGAGCCGUUUAUCAAUCUCUUCAAUAUGAACGCCUUGGCCUCGGAAAUUCGUAUCAAAGCAAUCGAAGUGUACGACCUCCUUCUACGAGCCAGCGUCGCGUUGUCUGCAUUGGCAGGCGAAGCCACUCCAACGCUACUCGAGUUCCAAUCUGUUGGGUCUCCUUGCUCGGCGUUACUCGGUUGCUUGGGGAUAGAUAACGGCGAUUUACAGUUCACGGCGUUGUCAUGUCUGCGCUCGCUGUUAAGGAACCCUCCAAACGAGGAGUUUCUGGUGAAAUUUGAGGCUGACAAGGGUAUUUCCCACUGCUUGGAGUUUGUCGUGCACACAGAGCGACGCUAUCAUGGUCCUGCACUCGACAUCCUCGAAAGUUUCUCCAAAAUCGAUUGUGCACGAGACCUCUUGAAAAAGAAUAAUACGGCUUGUGUUCUGCGCAACGCCAUCCAAGAAGCUCAAGAAGUGGUCCACAAGACGUCGACUAUUGUGCUUGUUAGUGGGAUGGAUGCUAGUCCAUUGUCAGCUAAAGACGCCCCACUAUUGUGUUCCAGUAUUGGGGUUAUGUGUCAAGUUUUCGUACGAGUGACACUCGCGAACGAUCAACUUACCAGUAACCCACUCGAGGAAGACUACAUUUUAUUCACGGACGUAAUCGAUGCGAUGGUCAGUAUUCUCCGAUAUGACAUCACAACUGCUUUGGCGCCCCCAGCUGUCCCUACCGAGACCCCGCGAACGACGGGUGCUGCGGCUGCGGCCGCUAAUGCAGCACUGGCUAAUUCUGCUGCUUUGGCAGCGCUCCUACCGUUUAGUAUCGACCGCUGCGUUGCAGUGAUCUCGAGUCUCGGUCGAAUAAUCGAGUACAGCGAGCGAUGCAAAGCACAUGCAAAAACACAAGGUCUUCUGCCGGUGCUGCUCGAUUGCUUCAAAGUUAAAGAGGCUCAUGAUCUUCAUCAAGUGGCUGAUAAGCUCCUGCACCUGUGUAUCCACACUACUGAUAUGCAUGUUUCGAUGAAUGGUAAUUUACAACACGAGAACAGUAUAAACGGCGAGUCUCACCAAUCCAACCAAUCGAUAGCACCUGCACGAAUCGAUCCUCAAGUUCUCUGCGCAGUUUCGACUGAUGAUGUGGAAUUAAGUGGAGCUGAUAUUGUUGAUCCAGCGGGUGUUGUCAAUGGAGGGAAAUUACCUCUUGUAGCGGUGGACAUAGUGUUAUCUCUACUGGAAACAAGCUAUGAAUCAGCAAACUCAACGUUAAUAUUUCGUCAAGUUCGAUGGAUUGCAGGUCUAGUAGGUUUGCCGGGAAAUGCCAACGCAUUGGGAGAACGAGCUGUAUCGCUCUUUCUUCAGAUUUUGAUCACAACAUCUCCCAACGAUAAAUUGCUCUUUGCAUUCCUGGCUAAAUGCAUUCACGCAAUUGUUCUCCAGAAUUCGGCAGCUUUAGAGCAAUCCUCGGAGACUAAAGGGGCUGAUGACACCAGAGCAGACAGCGAUACAUUUUUCACUGAAGGGAAACAUGAUCAAAUCGACGAGACCAAGAGAGUAACCGAGAUUGAAAACCUCUGCAAGUUAGAAUGGUCCGACGAGUAUGACGAGGUGGCCUUUACGCCAAAUCCCUUGACAGAGGCUCUGCACAGUAUUGACGUAUACCUUGUCGUCGCUGAAGCUCUCGCUGCAUUGGCCAGUGCUUAUCGUAAGUGGAAUUCAAGCGGGUCGACGGCAACAGAUUUUAGUGAACUCAUGGCUGCCAAAUCAGGGUCGGACUCUGUUUCUGGAAAACCUGGGAUCCCCGCAACAGGAGGGAGUAAGAAAAAAUUGCCAGCGGAUCAAACAAAACCGGCAGCAGUGGGUGAAGCAGUGAUGCUCAGUCUAUUAGAAAAAGGUUUGCAAGUACCGAAGCUUAUCUCACAGUACACUGCAGUCAAUCCAGCCGUGUGCGUAUCGUUACUAGGACUACUGGAUAGUUUACUGAUGGUUCCAAGCGGAAUGAAGAUGUUGCUACAACUGGCAAAAAGUGAAUUACAGUCACCAACGGAAGAUCAAAAGGAGACUUCUCCAGACGCUAUUACGGGGAGUGAAUGGCCUUCAUUAUCACCCGAUACCUCAUUUAUCGAGAUUGAAGCAGCUGUACGAUCGAUCGCUGUGAUGACGAAUGACUUGGAGCCUUCAGACAAGGAAGUUCCAGCCGUAAUUCCUGAACCUGUUGAAGCACCGAAAAGCCCAAUUAAAAGUGGAGUCACUGCUGCUCCUACACCUUCCGCACCGUCAAUUCCUGAACUGGUGAUACUGGAAAGAGACCGCUUUAUCAACGCUGCCGUUGGCUGUGGGGCGCUCGUAGUAUUGCUGGCUUUUAUGGACAUUGCUCGCAUCUCAAGGGAAGCAGGUGAUUUCUUAAACCGAGCGAAUAAUGUGAAGACACAAAUUAGCGAGAUGGUGCGAAACUUUAUCACACUGGCCCAAGUGAAGCAGGAUCAUGUUGUGACGAAAUAUCGAGAGAAAUUGGAGCUCGAACAGAAGCCAAUUGGUGAUACAACGCCGAUAGAACAUGCUGCAGACUUGGACUUACCUUACAAGGAGCGAUGGGCUAAACUACUUGACCACAAGUUCAGCGUACCACGUUUUGGGUAUGUGCAUUACUCGGUGUUACUAUUGGCAUCGGAACUUGCUCUAUCAAACAUAGUCUCGACUCUAUUAAGUGCUGGAGCCUCGCCCGAAACCGCGUCACCCGAGGGACUGACACCUUUGAUGAUUGCGUUCCUAGUUGGGAAUGAAGAGAUGGUUAUUGAUCUACUUGAUGCUCGAGCCAAUGUUGACGCUAUCACUACCGAUGGACAAGACCUCACAGAUCUCUACAGUUCCUGGACAUGUGCUUGGAUGCUGGUGUGGAUGCGAACGUAUCGAACGCUCAAGGAGACUUUCUUCUGCAUGCUUUGCUGUCGAAAUCUAUUUGUCAUCCAACCUCAGUCGAUCGUACUUAAGCUUGCAAAUCCCAAACAAAUUCUAUCGACAAUCUCGUUUCGUGGCAAUUUCUUGCCGUGGCAUUUUGCCUGUGGAGCGUACGUGCAGCUAUCCUCGGUCUUGUGUCUUGAUGAUGAUAUGCAAAAGUGUGACAACAACCAAGUACAAGAAGAGAAUGUCAAGAGCGGGAGCGAAAGCCAAGCCAAUGCUGGUGAUGACGGUGACGCACCUUCGUGUGCUUUGCUACGUGAAGAACAACACAAUCUGGACCUUUUCGAGCGCCUUCGUAAUUUAAAUCGCGGAAAACGAGCAAGUCAUGAAGCACUCACUCGGCGGCUGGAGUCGGAGUUGGAAAAGAGUGAUGCUGUCCUCCGUUUAUUCUUCGAUCUACUUCAAAAGCCACAUGAAUCGAAUGAUAUGCAGGAAUCACAGUCGACGCAUUUGGAGAUUUUCCAGCAGCUACGCCAUCCUCACGAAUGCUAUCGUCAGUAUAUGACGCGGUCUCAAUGGAAACGCAAAGGUAAGAUACCUCGAGUUGCUAGCAAGUCUGCACUCGAAGAAGUAGUUUCGAUCUUUAGACUAUUCAUAGAGGUAGGAUCAUUAUUUUUUUUUUUUCAAAAGGUCUCCAAAAUGAUGAAGCUGUCGUCAGAAGAACGCAGUGAAGAUGUGGAUUGCGUCGCUGGGAAUGGACCUUCAGCUGUACCUCAGUUGAAUUUCAACUCACUUCAUGAAGGUAACUCAAACAAGGCCGAAUCGUUCCAGUCCCGUUCGAGUUUAUUACCGCCUGUGCAUGCCAAUACUGCCCGUGAAAUGCGAGAUGAAAACAACAAAACAGGUUCAGGAAGCCAAACUGCACGAAUUCGCUUCGCACCCUCUCCCCGGUCAAAGUCCAAGCAGCAUCAAUCACGUCAGCGUCCUAAUCGAUCUCGUAUUGUCGAUUCUACCUCAAACUUUUGCGAGUCGCCAACAGAUUUACGUCAUAAGCAGUUGCGUACAGCUCAUUGUUUCAAGGCGCUUGAGAACUGGCAGCAGUCGAUGGAACCUGGUGCCCUGAAAAACCUUCUUGUCGAAAUUCAAGAAGUUCUUCACAUUACGAUUUAUCACCAGCUAGAACAAGAUUCUAACGUGGAAUCCGAAGUCUCUACUUCGUCCGCUCCUGCGAAGAACGGGGUGACUGAGUAUUUCUCACGUGUAGCGGAUGUGCAGGAAAAGGUGAAGUUGCAACAACAAGAACGCAGGCGUCUGGCCACGCAGCUUGCUAUGGAGAAAUCCUUGGAACGAGACUUAUCGACCCAGCUACAGAAACUCGAGGGUGAACUCACACAGCUUCACUUACGACAUGCCUAUAACCGCGCAGAAAUUGAGGGCGAGCGCCGUGCUGUGCAUCUUCUGGAACAAGAUUACGCUUCACUUAUUGACCAAGAACAAGAAUUGAAACGUGACUGUGAAGUGCUAGAACUGCAGCUAGAUACGCAACAGGCACAACUCCGAGAGAUCCGCAGUCAGCAGCUCUAUUUGGAUUUCGUGUCCAGCGCUCCUUUAAAGCGACACAUGGAGGAGAAGAAAUGGCAGGAACAACAUGUUUCAGUAGCUCUACAAGUUCAAAACGCCGAAGUUGAGAACCGGCAGCUGGAAGACGAGAUAAAAAAGCUCGAAGAAGAGACUUCUAACUUGAAGGCUCAAUAUGCACGUGAUGUGCAGACAAAGCAACAGUCGGAGGCUUCAUUGAGGGAUAUUCGAGCUAACUACGAACAAUUUCAGGAAGCUUUUGAGCGAACCCGAACAUGUUACACACCGAGACCUGACUGGGAUCGUAUCGUGGAUGAAACACCGGAGUUGUCUGUGCAGAAGUACCAGUGGGGGAUGGAAAGCUCAAGUAAUGACGCUGAAUCGAUGAACAGUGACACAGAUAAAGACAAAGCUGGAGUGCUUGAGCGUCUGGAUAGCACGUACAAUAUCGCAAAUAGGGAUGACGUUCAGCACUCAGACGGGGGACGAACGAAGACACUGGUGAAGGAAAUGUUGCAUUGGAUUGAGCGUCUGCAAAAGCACUGCGGCGUAAACCUUCACUUGAGUCGGCACGAGUUGAGCUCAAUAUCUUACAUCAUCAGCUUGAUCGUGCCGUUCGGAAGAGCUCAAUGCUUCCAAGUAUACUCCCUAACGAAUCUGGUGUGA